GCUAGAUCUUUUAAGAGAAUGGAUGGCACUAUCUCCUCCACCAUCAGAGUGGCCACCGACACAGAGAGCGGCAGCCCACUCAGAAGCAACCCCCAUAUUUCUUCCAACAACACAUGGGGCGAGGCCUUCACUGCCAGCUCUUUAGAGGACAUUGUAGCCACCUGCACCAUUGGGACCAUCCUCUCUCUUAUGUGCAUAAUUGGGGUGACAGGCAAUGUCUACACCUUGGUGGUGAUGUGCCACUACUUGAGGUACUCUGCCUCCAUGUACAUCUACAUCAUCAACUUGGCCCUGGCAGACCUGCUCUACCUUCUCACCAUCCCUUUCAUUGUGGGCACUUACUUCAUCCAGGAAUGGUACUUUGGAGAUACAGGCUGCCGGAUCCUUUUCAGCUUGGAUUUCCUCACCAUGCACGCUAGCAUUUUCACCUUGAUGGUGAUGAGCACAGAGAGAUACUUGGCAGUGCUGAAGCCUUUGGACACCGUGAAGCGGUCCAAGAGUUAUCGGAAAGCAAUUGCCCUCAUUAUCUGGGUUGCCUCUCUGCUUCUCACCCUGCCCAUGCUGAUCAUGAUCCAGCUGGUGCAAGGGGAAAAGAAUAUCUGCCUCCCCACCUGGAGCAAACUGUCCUACAAGAUCUACAUCACCGUGCUCUUCUGCACCAGCAUUGUUGGCCCUGGUGUCGUCAUUGGCUAUCUCUACGUUAGGCUGGCAAGAACCUACUGGGUAUCCCAGACAACCUCCUUGAAAGAGACCAAACGGCUCCCCAACCAAAAAGUGCUCUACUUGAUCUUCACCAUUGUGCUGGUCUUCUGGGCCUGUUUCUUGCCUUUCUGGAUCUGGCAGCUGCUCUUCCAGUACUAUGAGCCUCUUCCCGUGUCUCCAAAGGCCACAAGGAACAUCAACUACCUGACCACCUGCCUGACCUAUAGCAACAGUUGCAUCAACCCUUUCCUCUACACCUUGCUGACCAAGAACUACAAAGAAUAUCUGAGGAACAGGCAGCGCUCCUUUCACAGCAGCGGCAGCGGCUACUUCCAUAGAAGGAACAGGUUUCAGAGGAUUUCUGGCAGAUCUUUGUCAACAACCAGCCAGCAUUAUACAGAGACUUUUAUGCUCCCACCCAUUCCAGGGGGAAGUAAUAGCCCAUGA